AUGGUGGCCACAGAGUCCUACCCGCAGCAGAGCUUCGAAAGCUGGCAGGCCGUUUGGGAGAACGAAUGGCUCAUCGGAGACUUCGUUUGGACAGCGAUGGACCAUCUCGGCGAGAGCGCGCUUGGUUGGACUGCCGCUACUCUUCCGGGGAAGGGGAUGCUGGAGACGUGCUUGGGGACGAGCCCAUGGCCGUGGCACAUCUCGUACGCAGGUGACCUCGACAUAUGCGGCUUCAAAAAGCCGCAGUCUUUCUAUCGCAACGUGCUUUGGGACGUGUCGCCGCUCGAGAUGGUGGUGAGCGGCCCGGCGCCGGCGGGCACGUCGGAGCAGAUCAGCGCUUGGGGCUGGCCGGACGAGGAGGUGAGUUGGACGUGGCCCUCCAUCUCGGAGGGCGCACAGGUGACCGUCAAGGUGUACUCCAAGGCCCAUGAUGAGGUGGAGCUCUUUGUCAACGGCGCUCGAGUUGGCAGGGCAAUGCGAGGUGGUGGCGGGUCGAUCGCAUUCGUAAACGGCUCGUGGUUCCGUGGUAUCGAACGGCUGACGGCGACCUUCGUUGUGCCAUACUCGCCGGGCAACCUCACCGCAGUAGGACACGUGCGAGCCACAGGCCGCACCGACGUUCGGACGCUGCUGACAACCGGCAUGCCUGCCGCGUUGCGGCUGGCUGCCGACCGCACCACCAUUUGCGCCAGUCGCAACGACCUCGCGUACGUUACCGUCUACGUGGUCGAUAGCGCAGGCCGUCACGUGAACUUCGAUUUCGAGGGCGACGGCGAGCUGUACCGCGUCGGCAACGGCGACCCGCGCGACCUCGGCUCCUUUCAGCAACCUCGCCGUACAACCCACCGCGGCCGGGUGCUCGCGGUGUUGCGUCCAAAGGCGAACGCAGCUGGAGGCACGCUCACCCUCAGAGCGGCAGCCACUGGACUGGCAGCCGCUAGUGUGACACUUCAAACCAAGGCAUGCCCUUUGCAUAUCAAAACGCGGGACGGCAGCCCAAUCGUUGACGAGCAGCUCUGCCUUCUCUUCGGGCUCAAGUGCACGGACUAG